UAAGUGCAUCAAUUGACAUAUAUAAGAUAGGCAAACCUUUGUUGUAUUGUUAAUUUACAAGUCCUCUUUUUUCAAGAAACAACAUGAAUAAGCUUUUGCCGUUACUUUUAGUCGCUUUCAUGGUUCAAUCCUGGAGUUAUGCCCAGGAUUGUCCGGUAUGUACGGCACAGUACCAACCUGUUUGUGGCGUUAAUGGAAAAGGUCACAAAAGAACUUUCUCAAAUGCAUGUGUAUUGGGCCAAACCAAUUGUGCGGAAAACCAGGAUUACACAUUCCUGAGAGCUGGCGUUUGUGGAGCAGAUGAGUCAAAGGCUAGAUCUAGCACCAACCAGUUUGCCGAUGCACAUUAGAAAAAUAAUGAUUUCAAUGUACAUGGAACAAUACACGGACGACGUCUCGACCGUCAGUUUCGGUCAUCAUCAGGCUUAACAAAUAUCACACUGUUCCUAUUAGGUUUACAAAUAACUGAAAACAUGUUGAUUGUUGUUCACAGAAUACGCUUAAGAUGUGAUAAUUAUUUUAGUAAACAGGAUAGGAACAGUCUGAUAUUUUUUGGCUCUAAUUGUUCCGU